AAACAAACGUCAAAAAACUAAAAGCGUAGCGGCUAAAAAACCAGAUUGUUGAAGAAAAGAAAACAAGAAAGCCGAAUCUAAAACAUUUAAUUCAACAAAAAUGUCUUUUAAACAAAAUCACAAUCGUUCUCGAAACAAGAACAACUCCAAGCCUCAUCACAACAAAGAUGCUACGCCAGUUGAUGAAACUAACCCAGUCAUCAUUUCAUUCAAGGAAUAUGCACUUGAAUUGGACGAUAAACAUGAUCGCUAUGAACGCAUAGUGAAGCUAAGUCGUGAUACAACCAUCGAAUCCAAACGUAUAAUUUUCCUUUUGCAUACAAUUGAUCCAGUGAAAAACAACAAAGAGAAGAUUUUACUCGAAGCCAAGACACGCUUGGACAAUCUCAUUUCGAACAAAUUCUUUGAAGUAGCCAAAGAGUUGGAAAAUCGUGAUCCAUAUCAGUAUAUGCGAGCAUAUUGCGCUGGCUUGCAGGAAUUCAUAGAAGCCUACUCGUACUAUGAAUAUCUCAAUGAAUCGAAUCUUUCAGAUUGGAAUGAUUUGCAAGCGCGAAUGAAAUUUACCUUCACUAUCGAACCCAAGGAACAGGCCGAAGGAAAGGAUGAAGGUGUUGAAGAAGCUGAAACCAAGGCACCUAGUGAAAAGGUUGAAAAGACAGUUGUCUGUCACGUCGAUCCUACCGAAUAUAUUCUUGGUUUGGGCGAUUUAACUGGAGAAUUGAUGCGGCGUUGUAUUAAUUCCCUAGGAUGUGGUGAUACAGUCACUUGUCAGGAUUCUUGUAAAGUCUUACAGAAUUUCUACAAAGGAUUUUUAGGCCUCCAUGGGGUGAGGAACCGUGAAUUUGGAAGAAAACUCUACACAUUGCAUCAGAGCGUCAUCAAGGCUGAACAUGUUUGUUAUAAUGUUAAGGUCCGUGGAGGAGAAGCAGCUCGUCGCGGAACUAUGGCUGAUGACAAGCCAGCAGAUGAUUUCGAUGAAGGUUUCUUUUAAUAAAACAAAGUUGAAAAAAAAA